ACGUCAGAGAUCAGACACCCACCUCUCCACCUCCCUCCUCUCCUCUCCUAUCGUCCCCACGCGCACUCCAACUUGCGGGCGAUUUGUUUUCCCCCGAUUUCCUCUCGUCCGAUCCCUCCCCAUCACGAGGCCGGAGCGCCACCCCACACUGCCUCCGCUGCUCCCAAGGUGAUUAAAAACACAGAAAAUGGAUGGAACUGCUGGCUAACAGUCGUCAAAAUUUAUAUGGCCAUAGAUAAUUGUGCGAUGUGUGUGGGAGGUAAAGGUUUCUACCUCAACAGUAAGGAGACUUCCGACCCUUCAAGGAAAAACCAUUCCAAAGUCUCUCAGUAUCGGAUGGCAUUUGAUGCACCAAGAAUUACUAAAACAGAGACAUCAAAGUUGAAGAACCUCAUUUCAGCAUCAUUCAAACCCUUGUCUCUUACCAUCCCCAUAGGCGACGGUUUCCAUGAAUUGUUUCCUGUGGGUCACUGUCAUUUAUAGCAGAUAAAGUCUUAUAGAUAAGCCAAAGUUUUUCAUUUCUGUUGGCUAACAAGGGGAGGCAAAAAUUGAGUUGCGCUCUCAAGAGUGUACAAUGCUUACACUUGUUGGCACAAGAGAUUCUUUUGCUCAGUCACAGGCACAACUUUGUGCUGGCAUGCAGCUCAAGGCUCCAACAAGGGCGAAAUAUUCCCAAGGCUUUAUGCCCAUAGGAGAAUCCGACGCAUACUGUGCUCUAAUACCUGGCUUACCUGAAGAUCUCGCAAAGAUAUGUCUUGCUCUUGUUCCUCGGAGCCAGUUCCCUGUUAUGGGUUCAGUGUCCAAGAGGUGGAUGUCAUUCCUCGAGAGUAAGGAAUUCAUUGCUGUAAGGAAAGAGGUUGGGAAGCUUGAGGAGUGGGUGUAUGUCCUGACUGCUGAUGCUGGAUCAAAGGGGUCCCAUUGGGAAGUUUUGGGGUGUUCAGGGCAAAAGCACAGCCCUCUUCCACCCAUGCCUGGGCCAACCAAAGCUGGUUUUGGUGUGGUUGUUCUAGAUGGAAAGCUUUUCGUUAUUGCUGGCUAUGCUGCUGAUCAUGGGAAGGAGUGUGUUUCUGAUGAGGUUUACCGAUACGAUUCUUGCCUAAACAGGUGGGUUGAGCUUUCUAAGAUGAAUGUGGCUCGUUGUGACUUUGCUUGUGCAGAGGUCAACGGUAUGAUAUAUGUUGCUGGUGGGUUUGGUCCCAAUGGUGAUAGUUUAUCUAGUGUUGAAGUUUAUGACGCAGAACAGAAUAAGUGGACAUUGAUUGAGAGCCUUCGCCGUCCAAGGUGGGGCUGCUUUGCGUGCAGCUUUGAAGGCAAAUUGUAUGUCAUGGGCGGUCGUUCGCGCUUCACAAUUGGUAACACGCGUUUUGUUGACGUGUACAAUCCUAAUGACAACUCCUGGGGUGAGGUGAAGAAUGGUUGUGUAAUGGUCACAGCCCAUGCUGUUCUUGACAAAAAGCUCUUCUGCAUCGAGUGGAAGAACCAGAGGUCACUCGCAGUCUUCAACCCGGCUGAUAAUUCUUGGCAGAAAGUCCCAGUGCCACUCACAGGUAGUUCUAGUACUCGUUUUUGUUUCGGCAUACAUGAUGGGAAGCUGCUGCUGUUCUCUCUGGAUGAAGAGCCCUGCUAUAAGACACUGAUGUAUGAUCCCGCUGCACCAACGGGAUCAGAGUGGUUCACAUCUGAGCUCAAGCCACCAGGAUUAUGUCUGUGCAGUGUGACCAUCAGAGCCUGAUGCUUUCUGGCUUGUAUCGCCUUACCAUCAUCCUUGUAGGAUGCCAUCCGAUACCACUAUUUACUGCUUACAAUCAGAGUUGAACUCUCAUUUCCAGUGUCGUUUGCUCAGGUAUUUUGAUAUCAAAUAAUGCUCCAGGGUGCUUAUGCUGCAUUCAUUCGAUUGCAGCGUUGUGCCAGGAUGCACUUUGUUUCAUGUAUUUUACUGCUAGUUGUAGUUCACAUGGUUGUUGUCGUUGUACUGGACGAUGAAUAGCUGAUAGGCUGAUAUGCAACUGUAGUGUUUGUGGCGGGCAAAGAGGCUAAUUGUCAGAAAAGAUUUGUCAGCUCUUGCUGUAUGUAAACCUUGUUGUCUGAAACAUUGUCAUUCGCUAUUUCUGAUGCUCUGUUUUUCCAUAUGAAAAGUGGGUUCUUGCU